AUGGCACUGCGCGCGCCCGAGCUCCCACCCUACUCGCGGCCAACCUUGAUGCGCAAUGCCUCUUCUCAGUCCAAAGUCUCGGUGCCAUCGAUAUCCCAGUCCAACGAGGCAGACGAUGAGCAGAGUCUCUCCGACAUCCAGACCUUCGACAUGGAGUCCAACCCCGAUCUGCCCCACUACGAGGGCGAAGACACGCGCUUGACGAGCGACAAGGAGCUCCGGGGCUUCUACAUGUACGGAUGGGCUGCCGAGGUAUUCGUUGUAUGCGGCAUUGGCUCCUUUAUACCCGUAACACUCGAGCAACUUGCGCGAGAAAAUGGCGUCCUCCUAUCUGAUCCUUCUAUACCAUGCAAGUCCACAAAGCCUACCGUCAACCCUGGCCCUUCCUUGUCCGCCAGCACCGUAGGAGCCCUCUUUGCGCCAAACCCGGAGAAGGGCCAAUGUGUCGUUCACAUUCUCGGCAUCGAGAUCAACACUGCAAGCUUCGCCAUGUAUACCUUUAGCAUAUCCGUCUUGAUACAGGCUCUGUUGAUCAUUAGCAUGAGCGGCGCAGCAGACCACGGUCGGUUUAGGAAGACAUUCCUGCUUUGGUUUGCCUUUGUGGGUAGUAUAGCGACGAUGCUGUUUCUUCCAGUCGUGCCCAAAGUCUAUCUUCUAGGCGCAGUCCUGGCAAUCAUCGCCAACACAUGCUUUGGCGCAAGUUUCGUGCUGCUCAACAGCUUCCUGCCACUAAUGGUGCGCUUCCAUCCGACUGUCAAGUAUGCUGUGUCGACCGCGGGAAACUCCUUCGUGGACGAAGAGGAGGAGGAAGAAGAAACGGAAGAAGAUGAGGAAAGAGGCGGAGAGACCCCCACGCAGGAAAACAUCAUUCGAGACGCCCGAUACCCGAAUCAGCUCACGCACCAGGAGGGCCUCUUUGAUCAAGUCGCAGACGUGACCACCGCACUCCUUCCGAGCAACCACACAGCCGACCUAAGCAUCCCAAUGGCCAAGAGCAAUGCCGCCCCCUCUGUCGAGCUUGCACUAGCAACCAAGAUAUCUUCCUACGGCAUCGCCAUCGGCUACAUCGCAGCCUUGCUCGUGCAAACAAUCGGCAUACUCGUCGUGAUUGCAUUCCGCUCCUCCAACCUUGGCCUCCGACUCGUCCUCUUCAUCAUCGGCGCCUGGUGGUUCAUCUUCACCCUCCCCACAGCCCGCUGGUUGCGCCCCCGUCCCGGCCCACCUCUGCACAUUGCCGCGCAAACGAGCAAUUUCCGCACUGCACUCGCGUACUUUACCUACUCGUGGAAGUCGCUCGGACGCACGGCUACACAUGCGCGCCAUCUUAAAGACGUCCUGCUCUUCCUCGCUGCGUGGUUCCUCCUCUCAGAUAGUAUAGCCACCGUCUCGGGCACAGCCGUGCUCUUCGCGAAGACUACGCUGGGCAUGUCGUACGCCAUGCUCGCCCUCAUCAACGUUAUAGCCACUGUUUUCGGCGUCCUAGGCGCGUUUUGCUGGUCGCGACUGUCGUCCUUUUUCCGGCUUAGUCCUACGCAAACCAUCUUGCUCUGCAUCCUGCUGUUUGAAGUCAUUCCGCUUUACGGGCUUUUGGGAUAUAUCCCUGCAGUCCAGCGGCUGGGGUACUUGGGUCUGCAGCAACAGUGGGAAAUGUAUCCUCUCGGUGCUGUCUACGGCUUCGUCCUAGGCGGUCUGAGCAGUUACUGUCGCGCACUCUUUGGCGAACUCAUCCCGCCGGGUUAUGAAGCGGCGUUUUACGCGCUUUAUGCUAUCACGGAUAAGGGGAGUAGUGUUUUUGGUCCGGCGAUUGUGGGGGCUAUUACGGAUGCGUAUGGCGAGAUUAGACCGGCUUUCUGGUUCCUGGCCGUACUGGUCGGCCUCCCGUUUCCCAUCAUGAUGCUUGUUAAUGUGGAUCGCGGCCGCGCUGACGGUGCCUCUUUGGCGCAAACACUUGAGGAGUUGUCCCGCGCGAGGGACUCCCUCCUCGUGCAUGAUAACGACGACGACGACGACGAUGAUGAUAAUUUAUCCCAGGAUAUUCGGAAUGAUCUCCACUCUUCCAUUUCCUACCAAAGGACUUAGUUGUUUGCUGUGUGUGUGCAUUAGUUUGGCAUUGUAUCGGCGUUGGAAAGGGUAAAGACUUGGUGGUGGGUUUUGUGUAGACGGGUCUUUGGGUUUGGAGGGGAGUUGACGUAGCUAGCCUAGCGUCUUUUUUAUUAUGGUAGUGCCUUUAUACCGAGUCCACCUUGUCAAUCUCAAAGUAUGUAGAGUGUCGUCCUUUACGCUGCUUCAACCUGGCGUAGUAGAAUCUUGACUUUGGGUGAUUGUAUACACAGACACACCUGAGCCUCUUCUCUUUC